AUGACUGGGAUACCCCAGGAGAGGGCAGAACAUAGGCUAGCGACACUCUCGGGCAUUAAACCCGUUGCACAGGGCAAACGCAGUAUGGCUCCAGAUCGAAAAGCAGCAGUAGUCAAAGAAGUACGAAAGCUGGUUGAAGCGGGAAUACUUAGAGAAACAACGUACCACACAUGGGUAUCAAACCCCGUGAUGGUCAAGAAACCAGAUGACACGUGGCGGAUGUGCAUAGACUUUAAAGAUCUGAAUAAGGCAUGCCCCAAAGAUGUUUACCCGCUACCGGAGAUGGAUUUCAAAGUUGACUCCCUGGUCCCUUAUAGGUACAAGUGCUUCUUAGACACCUAUAAGGGUUACUACCAAAUCAAAAUGUCCAAAGACGACGAAGAGAAAACGACGUUUCAUUCCGAUGUGGGUAUCUUUUGUUAUACCAAAAUGCCUUUUGGCCUGCGAAACGCCGGAGCUACUUAUCAGCGGCUCAUGGAUAAAGCUUUCGAAAAGCAAAUCGGUAGAAACUUAGAAGUAUAUGUUGAUGAUUUAGUAAUCAAGAGCAGGGAAGAAAAACAAAUGCUGGUAGACAUUGAGGAAACUUUUCAAACGCUUCGAGAAUACAAUAUCAAGCUAAACCCCAAGAAAUGUUCAUUUGGGGUGGAAGAAGGAAAGUUCUUCGGGGUAGUGGUUACCCGGGACGGCUUUAAAGCUAACCCAGAAAAGGUAGCCGCCAUAACGCGGAUGCCCUCCCCCAGGACUUUGAAAGAGGCGCAAGCAUUAAACGGGCGUUUGGUGGCCAUAAACAGAUUCCUGGCAAGGCACACCGAAAGGUAUUUGCCAUUUAUAAAAACACUGAAGAAUUGCCUUAAUAAGAAAAACUUCAAAUGGACCAGCGAAGCGGAAGAAGCCCUACAAGACAUGAAGCGUUUCAUCGAGAAACUGCCCAUGUUAACAGCGCCAUACCCGAAAGAAAUACUCAAAAUGUACUUGGCAGCGGCUCAUAACGCGGUAAGUGCGGUACUAAUGGUAGAGAGAGAUGGGAAACAAACACCCAUAUACUACAUCAGCCGAGUUUUGGCGGGACCCGAAACGUGGUAUCCAACUCUCGAAAAGUUGGUACUAGCUCUGAUUCAUGCUACCCGGCAACUACGAAGAUAUUUUCAGGGGCAUCGCGUACAGGUUUUAACAAAUUACCCGCUACAGCAAAUUUUGCACAAGCUAGAGAUUUCCAGAAGAUUGGCUAAAUGGGUGAUUCAGUUGGGAGCCUUGGAUAUCGAGUAUCGAAAACGAAUAGCAGUCAAGGGGCAGGUGAUCGCCGACUUCUUGGCCGAAAUUCCUAAUGGGGAAACUAUACAGGAUCCCGCUAUCCAGGAUAUCCCGGAAUCCAGUACAGCCAGGCAAACCUGGAAACUUUACACUGACGGAUCAUCUAGCGGGAAAGGUUCCGGGGCAGGUCUAAUGCUGAUAAGCCCAGAUGAAAUAAAACUGAUGUACGCCUUACGUUUUGAUUUUGAAUGCUCCAACAAUGAGACAGAAUAUGAGCCGCUACUCGUGGGCUUGAGGAUGGCCCAAUCCAUGGGAGCUACACGAGUGGAUGCGUAUGUUGAUUCUUUAUUGGUUAAUAACCAAGUAAACGAAACAUACGAGGCCAAGGACGAAUCCAUGGCGAAGUACCUGGCUAAAACGAAGGAGCUCAUAGUUUCCUUUGACAACGUCACACUCAAUCACGUUUAUAGAGGAAAAAACCAAAUAGCAGACGAUUUAAGCAAACUCGCUACUUCAGGCAUGGAAAGAGAAGUAAAGGUAGAAACAUUGCAAAUGCCCUCUAUUGAGCCUCGGGAUGUCUCCGCCGUUACAGCGGAAGAACCCUGUUGGUACACUCCCAUACUAAAAUUCCUUACAGAGGGGGAAUUACCCUCCGCCAGAAGCGAAGCUCAAAAGAUACAAACUAAAGCGUUGCAGUAUGAAGUGAACAAUGGCGUUCUAUACCAAAAGUCAUAUUUGGGACCGCUACUGCGAUGUGUAUCCCUAGCGGAAGCGAAGUAUCUAAUCCAAGAAAUACACGCGGGUAUAUGUGGUAUUCACGCCGGACCCUGGGCAGUGGUCGUCAAAAUUCACAACGCCGGGUACUAUUGGCCCGGUAUGCACGAGGACGCGGUAGAAGAACUCAGAAGGUGCCACCGUUGCCAAAAUUUUGCUCCCCAAACACUCCGUCCCAAGAAUAACCUAAUCCCAGUCACGGCAGCCUGGCCUUUUCAGAAAUGGGCGGUGGAUAUUGUGGGGCCAUUCCCGCUAGCUCCUGGGAAGCUAAAAUCUCUUAUUGUAGCAAUCGACUAUUUCACCAAGUGGGUUGAAGCCAAACCCUUGGCCAAAAUAACCGCGGAAAACGCUAAGAAGUUCCUCUGGGUCUUGCAAGAUUGGUGUGCUGAACUUCAGAUUCAACAAAUCUUUACAUCGGAAGCACAUCCCCAAGGAAACGGCCAGGUGGAACGGUCGAAUAGGAGCUUACUGGAUGGAAUAAAAAGAAGGGUAGGUUAUGAAGGAAGCUCUUGGGUGGAAGAACUGCCAAAUGUCCUCUGGGCACAUCGAACAAUGCCUAAGACGAGUAAUAACGAAACCCUCUUCUGCCUAACCUAUGGCGCGAAAGCAAUGAUACCCGCGGAAGUUGGUUUGCCCUCGCUACGGCGUCUUACUACUAACGACGAUAAUGACAGGCUCCUGAGGGAAGGCCUGGAUAUGCUCGAAGAAAGGCGUGAGGCAGCCGCCAUCAGUGAGGCAAAAUACAAAAAGACCAUAGAGAAAUACUAUAACCAACGCGUGGCCCAACAUGCUUUAAAGGAAGGUGAAUACGUCAUGCGUGACAAUGAAGCCAGUAGAGCGGAACCCUCGGGCAAAUUUAGACCCAACUGGGAAGGCCCCUAUGUCAUCCAAGAAGACCUAGGCAAAGGGGCCUAUCGCCUAUCUAGGCUAGAUGGUACCGCGGUUCCACGUAGCUGGAACGCGGCUUAG